GCGCACACGCCAGGGGUUCGGGGUGAGAGAGACAAAGCCGAGAUAAUCCGAUUAGGACCAAUUAGGCGUGAGAUUCUGCGACACUAGCUGAAAGCCUUAACACUCUGUAGACAGUUAUACAGUUAUAGAGACAUCUGGACACUCCCAGAGAGAGGGAGAGAGAGGACGCGUGUGUGCGCGUUGAAGAAAGAGAGAAGAGAGCUGGAGGGAUCCGGACACUCCCAAGCAGAGAGUCAGUGGGAGCGCAGCAUCAGCCGCCUCUCUCUCUCCAGAGCGCAAACUCCCUCUCAUCAGCAUCCCCACUUGCAGGUUCCAAGACGCGCCGUCAAGGAUGUUCUACUUUCACUGCCCGCCUCAACUUGACGGAGAGUGCUGUCGCUCCAACACGCUUAAUUCAGGUGGUUUUGGAAACCACGCCCCGGCUGAUUUCGACGAUGGAUUUCUGCGGAGGAAGCAGCGCAGAAACAGAACAACGUUCACUUUACAACAGUUGGAGGCUUUGGAGUCUGUCUUUGCACAGACUCACUACCCGGACGUGUUCACCCGGGAGGAGCUGGCCAUGAAGAUCAACCUGACCGAGGCCAGGGUGCAGGUUUGGUUUCAGAACCGCAGAGCAAAGUGGAGGAAGACGGAGCGAGGGGGCUCCGAACCCGAAGCGGGGAAGGAGCCGAUGAGCGACGGCACCCCUCCGUCUCGCGGUAUCAACUCUCAGUCUCCGGAGGACCACGGCAGGAAACAGAAAGAGCCUCUGGAGCUUCAGCAGAGCAUCAACAGGACAGUGGGUCCAGGUGGUCCGUUCUUCCCGUCGUGUAUUCCAGGCACGCUCCUCAACUCUGCCACCUACGCCCAGGCCCUCUCACACGUUGCCACACUGAAAGGGAAUGGUCUGUGCUCCUGCUGCGUCUCUGACCCCAUGGGCUUGUCCUUCCUGCCUCCCUACGGCUGUCAGGGGAACCGCACAGCCAGCGUCGCCGCCCUGCGCAUGAAGGCCCGGGAGCAUUCGGAGGCCGUGCUGCAGUCCGCCAACCUGCUCGGCGCCGCGGCCACGCCGGGAGCCGGCAUGGGCGUCCUCUCCAGUGUGAGCUCCGCCGGGGUGGUUAGGCCCACCAUGGAGGUACCCGCCGGUGGCCUGAGAGGGGGAGACAGCUCCAGUCCCGGCACGGCCACAAAAGUCUCCAUCCUGGGUGGCGGUCCGGACAAACAUCCCCACUGCUCCAAGGAGCCUCUGGAGAAGAAGUGAGAGGCUGGACACUAACGUGGAUGUUGCUGAUAAUCUGUGACUAUGCCUCCUUGUUUCUUAUCUCAUUUGCUCCAAAAUGAGCAACAAAGCACAAAACUACUGGUUGAAUCCAGAAAAAAAAAAAAAACCCUGGGACAGAUGUUUUGUAUGGAUGCAAACAUUAACAUAUUUAUUUGACUGUAAAGUAUCGCCGUGAGAAACGCUGAAUAACUGAGUUGUUGUUGCCCUCGAAAAAGACAAAACUGUGGGUCUUUUUUUUUUCUAUCCUUACCCAUCUACAUGCACUCCUGGGCUAUAUUAUCUAUAACAUAGAUGCAUUACGUUGUGAAGCAGAGGCCUGACUGAUAAUGUGAAUUUAAAUAAUCCUGUUGGGACCGUUGCUUACAUUUUGACUGUCAAUGCAUGAAGUGAUGGCGGGACUGAGGAUUUUGUUUUUGUUUUAAGUCAGCAUUGAGACAACACAAUGGUCUCAAAUGUUUUUAUUUUAAAGUGAAAGUGCACUUUAGUAAUAAUCAGCUGUGGCCCUUGUAAAAAAAAAAAAAAAAAAAAAAAAAGGAGGUAAUUGACAAUGUCACUGUGUGUUUUCAGUUAUCCCCUGCUCUCUGUUAGCACAUCUGUAGCGGCAGCAGACAGGGAACACACCAGUCCUGUUGUGACAUGUUCUUUAAAACAAUUAAAGAUGUAGUCACUCA